UUUAAAUCUCCCGAAACUAUCAUGGCAACCGAGCGGCGUUUUUUCUUUGUUUUCAGUUCUUCAUAUUAUGUGUAAUAUUUUGUGUCAUUUUGCUGAUAGUUGCUUUUGUGUUCUGCCAUCAAUUUUAAUUUGUGAUGCACAGGUUUUCCAUAUCUUUGAUUGCGUAGGUCGUUAGUGAUUUAAAACAUUUCUUCAUACCGAUGUGCUUUACCUUUAAGAAUCAAAAGAUGGCUGACUGAUUCCAGAGUGUUUGACUACUAUUACAGUGAGAAAAAACAAACUGUACAAUAGACAGAGAAAUUGAAGAAGGAAAAAUCUUUACAUUUGUGGAGUUGCUGAAAAUAUGGCUUAUUCACCAGGUAGGAAUAAUCUACCACAAGAAACAAGCACGCCUCUCAAAAAAGAAAUUAAGAAUAAUGCAAUUUCAACACCAAAAGUAAAUACUGCUCCUGUGGAUUGUCAAAAUGUGGUUGCAGAUUUUAAAGCAUUCUUGGAUGAGCUUGAUAUUGAUGAAAGUAACAAUAAUAAAUCAGAUGAUACAAAUGACUCCACACUAGAGGAAGAACUAAGUAAACUUGAAACUACUCUGAAGAAUAUCGAACUCGAGCAUUCAGUGGGUGACUCUGAGGAAAAUGACAAGCAUUCUGACUGUGAAGUUUUUAAUAGCGCCAAUGCACAACUUCCAGUCUUGCAUGAAGUUGUGAAAACUGCAGACAUUAUAACCCAAGAAGAUUUUAAUAAUAUAUCUCCGAAAAUAUUAAAUGAUAAAUUAUUGGAAGAUGUUUUAAACCAUAAUCCUGCUAAACACAUUCCAGAAAUUGAAUAUAGAGAGGAUAUCAAGGCUUCUGAUUGUACAAAUGACAAAUCUGGUGAUUCUGUAUCAGUUUUUGAAGUUUUAUCUGAUACCAGGAGUAACACAGAUUUUCUUAGUACAUCUCUUCAAGACAUCCAGCAAAGUAAGCAUGUAUCGGGAGACAAUUGCAAGCAUCCUAACUUUAAAACAGAACUUAAAUGUUCCAAACCAGUGUGUAGAGUUUUGCCAAAAUCCAUCAGUGAAUCAGAUUUUAUAAUUUUGGAUAAGUGUGGUGGAAUGUCUGUCAACACAUGUACCACCAUAGAAAAUGAAGAUGUUUCAAGUAAUGAUUAUUUUUUUCAUGACAUGGAGGAAAGUAAACAUGAAUGUGGAGUUAAUAGUAAACUUCCUGAAUGUAUGGAUGAAAUUAUUGGAUCCAAGCAUGUCUCUGUAGAUGUUCCAAACACUAGCAGUGAAGCUGACUUUCAAAUCUUAGAUGUGUCUGAGAUUUCAGUCCUAACACCUAAUAAAAUUUCAAAUGAAGAUGUUUCAGAUAAUAUAAAAUCUCUUCAGGACACCCAGGAAGGUAAACAAGAGUAUCAAGAGAAUAGCAAGCAUCCUGUCUAUAAAGGUGAAAGUAGUGGUACCAAAUCAGAAUUUUCAGUCUCACUGCAAACCAUUUGUGGAGAAAACAGCAUCCUUACAUUGGAUGAAUGUGGUGAAAUUUCAGCCACAGUAUCUGAAAACCAUUCAGAUAACAAUGCUGUUAAUUAUGAUGAUUCAGUUCUUAUUAUUUGUGAAGUUAUAAAAAAUUCAGAUCAAGAUGAUGCAACAGCAUUAAAGAAAAGUAAUAUUUCUGAUAAGUCCAUCAUUUCGAAUAAAGUAAAGUAUAAUGACACCCCACUUAAAGAAGCUGAUGAAGAAAUGGGUAGUGUAACUCUCAGUUCUGCUAUCAAUAAUAUUGGUAUGUCUUGUCUAAAGGAUGACAUUUCAUCAGUGGAAUCAAAUGAUGAAAUACAUAUAGUUGCUGAAAUAAAAGCUCCUAGUUUACAAACUUAUGAAGAGUGUAUGAAAAUGGCCAGAAAAAAUACCAGUUCUGAUAGUACCGAAGAUAAAGCCAGAAUUGAUUUGGCAACGGUUGAGCAGCCUCCAAGUGAAGAAAUCAGAAGUCCUCGAAAGUGUUUGAAUGGUGUGAACACAGCAAAUGAAAUUGAGAUCAGUUGUUCUGCAUCUGUGAACUCAAAACUUUCUGUUCAGGAUGACGCGGACCGGAAUAAGGAGAACAUUCUCGAUAAGCCUCAGGUAGACGAAGCAGCUGCGAAAAAUAGUGAUUCUGCGACCAAGAAGGAUGUUGUCCGCAUUGCAGAAGAAUUCAUCAGCCACGACCCAGAAGAGAACAGGGAUAACAACAACGAGAAAUGGGAAGAGCUGCGAAAGCUCACGACGAACCCAGAGCGCUAUAGAGCCUUGCGCAAACGCUGGCAAAACAUUUCCAACCCAGAUCCCAAUAAGAACUUGACCACUCGACGGUGUUUCAGAAAGAACUUCAUCAGGAAGAAGUUGAUUGCGAAACACGGCCUAAAAAGAGCCCACAACGCCGAGAAUGCAAAGAUAGACAACACAGACGAGUCGUUGCGAAAACUACGCAAGCGCAAGUGCCAAGGAAAUGCGUACGGGGAACCAGGCGAGAAGAGGGCGAAAACGUAUCCCUGCACAAUCUUGUAUGACGAGCAGAUAGCCGAAGUGACAAAUACCAUGCGCAACGAGCUAGUCAGUGUUAACGAGGCAGAACACGAAGCUUUAAGAAAACUAAAUUUUCUGCAGAAUUUGGAGCAGGAGAAGUUGAGGUACAGGGAAGGAUACCUUUACAGCCUGACGCCGUAUGCUCAGCAGCUUAGGAACAGGCAAGAAACGGAAACACUUGUUGCGUUAGAAUACUUUGAGAAAGAAAAAAAGAAAAUUGAAGAUAUGAGGUUUGCAGAACUCUCAAAAUUAAAAGCAGCAGCUGAUGAAAUACAUGCUUUUCACUCGUUUUACAACGGUAUUACAGAAGACAAUGUAAAUACCCUUUUACUGACUGAAGAACAGGUCUUGCAUCUCCGAGACAUUGAAGACUACUAUAAUAAAAUGACAGUGGUUUAUGAUGUUGGUAAUGUCUAGUUCCUGCUGCUGAGUACGUAUAUAGUUUUUGUUAGGAGAUUUACACUUUUGAAUGUUUUGUUCUCAGUUUUAUAUAAAAAAAAAUUCCAUUAAUAUUCUCUACAAGUGAUUUAUGCAUUUGUAAUUAGUUUUGUAUUCUAUGCCAGUAUUUUAUAUUCCUGGCACCAAGUUACAAUAUGUUGUUAUUGUUUGAAAUGUUAAGUUUUAUCAUAACUACUGUUUGACCAAAGCAUAUAGAUUCAGCUAAUUAUUUAAAAGUAAACAUUUUCUCAUAAGUAAGAUUAAUGAAAAGUUUUCAAUACAACAGUUAAAUUUCUCUUGUUAUUUAGUUAUUAUUUUUCUGCUAUAGAUAAGUAUAAUAAUUCAUGUUGUUUGUUUCUUCUGUAUACAUUUGUGUAUAAAUAAUGGAAUAUAGUGCCAUCUAAAUACAUUCCAUUUUAAGGUGCUCAUUAAAAAAAAUGUAUAAUUCUAAGAAAUUUUAAGACUGAUGAUGCUUGCUUUCACAAAAUUACAUUGUGAAAUAAACUUAAUGCCUUGUAAAAUAAAUUGUUCUUAAAUUUAUUUGUAUUCCUAUUAAAGUGCCUAAUUUUUUACAUUUA